AACGAACUGAUGGAUGAAGAUGAGAAGGACAGGGCAAAGAGGGCAUCACGCAACAAAUCUGAAAAGAAGAGGAGAGACCAGUUCAAUGUCCUCAUUAAAGAGCUUUGCACGAUGCUGCAGGGCCACGGCUACCCUCUCAAGAUGGACAAGUCCACAAUACUGCAGAGGACCAUCGACUUCUUACAGAAACAGAAAGAAAUCACAGCACAGACAGAAGCCUGUGAGAUUAGACAAGACUGGAAGCCUUCAUUUCUUAGCAACGAGGAGUUCACCCAGUUGAUGUUAGAGGCACUAGAUGGCUUUCUCAUUGCUCUUACCACUGAUGGGAUUAUUAUUUAUGUAUCUGAUAGUGUUUCGUCUCUGCUUGGACACUUACCGUCAGAUUUGGUGGACCAAAAUAUAUUAAACUUUCUGCCUGAGCGGGAGCAGAGCGAGGUGUACAAGCUUCUUUCUCCACAUGUGCUCAUGACAGAUCCUGUUGCAGCUGAUUUUCUAAACGCGGAAAAACAAAUAGAGUUCUGCUGCCAUUUAGCAAGAGGCAGCUUAGAUCCAAAUGAACCCCUGAUGUAUGAAUAUGUGAAAUUUGUAGUGGAUUUUAAAUAUUUUACUCAUGUGCCUACACCCUCCUGUAAUGGCUUUGAGUCAGCUAUUGCACGAGCUUUCAGGUCAGCCACGGAGGAGCAGAUUUGCCUCGUAGCAACUGUUCGGCUUGUCACACCACAGUUCUUAAAGGAGCUCUGCAACGUUGAAGAGCCAUGUGAAGAAUUUACAUCAAGGCAUAGUUUGGAAUGGAAAUUUUUAUUCUUGGACCACAGGGCUCCACCUAUUAUAGGAUAUUUACCCUUUGAGGUUCUGGGAACGUCAGGGUAUGAUUACUACCACGCAGACGACCUGGAGCUUCUUGCUAGGUGCCAUGAACACUUGAUGCAGUUUGGCAAAGGAAAGUCCUGUUACUAUCGGUUCCUGACCAAAGGCCAGCAGUGGAUAUGGCUGCAGACCCACUACUACAUCACCUACCACCAGUGGAAUUCCAAACCCGAGUUCAUCGUUUGCACUCACCUGGUAGUUAGUUAUGCGGAAGUUCGAGCUGAAAGAAGGCGAGAUCUCGGCCUUGAAGAGUCAUCAAUUGAACUGGCAUCCUCUUCUCUAAAG